CUGAUAAAUCUCCAUCUUCCGCUACCACUUUAGCCAUAGCUAUCAUCUUCCUCACAGCCGUGAAAACGAAGCGAUCGAAUCAGCAACAAUCAUGACGGUAUUCCCCAACGAGAUAUACGACAUAAUCCUGCACCACUCCAUCAAGGAGCGGGGGAUCAGGAGGGGAUUGCGGUUGAGACUCGUCAAUAAGAGCUUUGCACGCGAGGUCUUGAACGUUAUAUGUGCACACGGUCUCCUCAGAGGUGUUCGGCCUCGGACGCGGGAACCCGUACCUCGAGAAUUUCUGAUCCGAUACGUCGAACACCAGCUUCUACAUGGUCCGCCGGAACAUCAACCCAAUGUUCGGGCUACCUUGCACGAAGCAGCGACGAAGAUGUACCACGAAAGGGACGUCAACGACGCAGACCUGUCAUCCGUCGAGGACUGCAAGAAGAGACUGAUUCGAGCAUUCGACUACUAUCCAGAUCCAGAAAAGUUUGCAGGGAAAUUUUCCAGUUAUACUUCCAGUCUAGGAUUCGCGGGAUUUGAAGAUAAAGCCUUCGCGAUAGGGGUCGCUUUGGUUACCAAUGACAUUCCGUUCAUUACCAAUUGGGUCAAGAUCAGGAAAGAAGUAACUAUUGCCAAUGUGCGCAGUAUUUACUUCGGCCCACACAUCACUAUGGCAGCCAGGUACGGAAAUGAAACGACGCUGGGGCUAUAUAUGACCGAUGGAACGGCAACCGUGAAUGCAGAUAUGAGAGCGCAAAUGUUCAGAGAGGUGGCAAAGCAGGGCAGAGAAGAUGACAUCAUAAAGUUCGUGUGGAGCUUCCAGAUCGACGAGGUCCCUUGGAGGCUGAGCGAUUCUAACAGCCUCGAGAUGAGAGAGCUAGUCCUCUAUGAGGCGUUGAAUACACCGAGCGUCAGGGCGUUUCAAUUGGUUGAAGAGCUCAUCCCAACGCCUACGGUCCAUCGAAUAAUGGAAGUCCCGAGCCAAAAAAGGUGGCGAGAGAAUCGAGAUACAUGGGGCUUUCACAUCGAUAAAAGACUGAUCGAAUGUGCUCGACUGGGACAUCUGGAAAUGGCCAUCCAUAUGAUUCGGCUUGGCGCAAACGUACAGGGCCUUGGAUCCAGAGAAACAGGGCCAUUGUCCAUGGCUUGCAGAGCUGGUCAUCUCGAUAUGGUCAAGCUACUGCUAAAACACGGAGCAGACCCUAAGGGAUCGGUCGCUGUAGCUGCAGCGGACGGGCGCGUGGAAAUUGUCCGGUAUCUCUUGUCUAAAGAUGUUGCUCCGCUGAUGGAUUUGACUGAGCCAGCACAAUGCGGGUCAUUGGAACUCAUACGCCUUUUACUAGAUGCUGGCGUCGAUGCUCGUUUUCCAAUUGGUUCCGAAAGCCUACUUGUCCAUGCCGUCAGGCUUGAACAUACGGCAAUGUUCAAACUGUUCCUUGAAAGGGGCGCACAUCUACGAAACUUGAGCACAGUCAAAGAGUGUGUUCGAAUAGCGGAGGAAGAUGGGCUAGACUCGAUGAUUUCUUUGCUCGAAAGGCAUGGAGCAGACAUCGACAAGGACUUUCUCCACGUGGAGUAUUAGCUCUGGAGCUAGUGAGAAAGUCAAGAAUUGAACAUGCAUGCUCGGGCUCUAAAUUCGGAUAGGCUACCUCGGUAUCGGAUGGGCUGGCCAAACACAAUGGAUAUCUCAUAUAUAUUUCAGUACGAGACACCAGUACGUUGUAAUUGAGGUAAUGGUGAGGGCAAUGAUAUAAUUCCGUAGAGAUCGACUCCAUAGCACAGAAGAGAAGCAUUUCAG